AUGGACGACGAAGCGAACAAUAACCAAUCGUUAAAUGUAUCGCCGGUAAAUGAACGGGAAAAAUCACCGUCACCGUAUCAAGAGUCUAAAAAAGCUGACGCGCAAUCGUCGUCCUCUUCUUCUUCUUCUUCGUCGAGUUCGUCGUCGUCGUCAUCAUCGUCGUCGUCCUCUUCGUCGAACCGAUCGUCGUCGUCACCGUCGAAAUCUCCAAGCUCGACAUCAUUAUCCGAGCCAGAUGAAACCGACGAGAUAGCAGCCAAGCAACUCGAAGACAAGCUUUUGAAAUCCGAGACCGACGAUUCGCCCCAAAACACGCCGCCGAUCCGCCGCCAUUCGAUGCAAAUCGCUGGUGCUUCUUUCGAAGAGAUACCCGUCGUCGAGAACGAAGGUAAGGUUUCUGAAUUUAAAAUACCUAAAAUCAUCGGUACCUCUCCUCUGAAAAAACGUAAAAACAAAUCUAAAUUAGCAUCACCGGUGAAAAAACGUAAAAUAUCUAAAAAAGUGAAAAAAUCUUCAAAGAAAACAAAACCAAACUCACCCAAAUCAACUAAAAAGAAGUCUAAGCGCACCAAAAAAGCGAAGCGCAACGAGAAACAAUCGAAAGCCACCGAGAAAAAAUCCGAACCAACGACAAAAGCAACCGCCAAAACUGCUAAACCUCCGAAGUCACCAGUACCAUUGCCGAAGGUAUCUGCCAAAAAUGUCUCGCCGUCGUUAACUGCAAACCAGAACAAACACGUCGAAUCAUUGUUCGACUCCGACGAUGAUAAAAUACAACAGCGACCGGUGAAAUCGUCGUCAGUGUAUUCGCCACCAAGUUUCACUUCAUCUGAAACAGAAAGAAACGAACGGUCAUUAAGAUUAAAAGCACUCGAAUUUAAAACGAAGUAUGAUUCAUUAAAAGAGAAAUUUGAAUCAUUAAUGAGGAAAAACAACGACCUCAAAGACCGAAAUGAGGAACUGAAAAAAACUCUAGUUCCAACGGAUAAGAAAAUUCGUUUGCCAACUCGAAACUGGACCUACAAUUUCGAAGAAAACAAAUUGUAUUGGAGACACAUGCUAGUACUGGGCAACGGAGUGUUAGGUGCAGUAGCAAAUUACGUAAAGCACGAUAUGGCCGGAUAUGUGGCGCCAAAAUCAACGUUGGAAAGUUUCCUUGAUAACUGCCCACCUACGACCGAGAAACAUUAUUAUAUUGAGUGUGGUUUUGAAGAUUUUCAAAAUCGAAACCGGUUACCCGAAGAAGUAGCCGAAGAAGUGAAAAAAUUUGUCGACGGAUUAAAACCGAACGUUGAACUUACGCGUAUUUCUCUGGUACCCUAUGUGGGUGAUUUUGAAAUUGAUGCUAAGAUCAAAAAAUACAAUUCAAUUCUAAUCGAGUGGGGAAAAUCCUCCGAAAGGGUAGAAUGUUGCGAAAGAAUUAAAAUUGCGACCGAGGACUUUAGAGGAGGAAGAUGGCACCGUACAAAAAGUGGCUACUACGUACCUUCCAACGACUUAGUCGAAUACUUGUUUCGCGAGCUCGAACUGGCUACCGGAAAAAAGUUGGCUCCAUCGUCAGAAUCUUCGGAAAAUAACUCGGCUGAAAAAUCGGUAAAAAUAAAAUUCAAAAUUAGUAUCAAAAAAUUAACCAUUAAAAUAAGAUAG